AAAGCAAUCUCAGAUUCUGAAAUCCCCGAAUCUCUGAGAAGCUAGAUUGCAAUUUUCAGUGUUUUGGAAUGCCAAUUAGGUUUUGGUUUCCGAUCAGAGGCGCUUUGAGGUUCCGAGCUCGUGCCUCAACAAUGGCGAAGGGGAGGUACGGCCGGUUACGGAGCUCGAAAUGGUCGACCUUCACGCUCGUCUUGUCGAUGCUGUUCAUGCUCACCGUCGUGCUUCUCAUGCUCAUGGCUUUCGGCAUCGUUUCGCUUCCGGAGAGCUCCGACGACUCUCCGCCCAACGAUCUCAGCUCCUUCCGCCGCAGGAUCGUCGAGAGAAGCGAGGGAUUGGGGAAGAGAGAGAAUCAGUGGACUCAAGUGAUCUCUUGGGAGCCUAGAGCUUUCAUAUAUCACAAUUUCUUGUCCAAGGAAGAAUGUGACUACUUGAUACAGCUUGCUACACCUCAUAUGACAAAGUCGACGGUUGUUGAUAGCAAGACCGGGAAGAGCAAAGAUAGUAGGGUCCGAACGAGCUCUGGCACAUUUCUUAGGAGAGGACGUGAUAAAGUAAUUAGGGAUAUUGAAAAGAGAAUAGCAGACUUCACUUUUAUUCCUGUAGAGCAUGGAGAAGGACUUCAAAUUCUCCAUUAUGAAGUUGGACAGAAAUACGAUGCUCAUUUUGAUUACUUCCUUGAUGAGUACAACACCAAGAAUGGAGGCCAAAGGAUUGCCACUCUUCUGAUGUAUCUGUCGGAUGUUGAAGAAGGCGGUGAAACAGUGUUUCCUGCUGCCAAAGGGAAUAUCAGCGCUGUGCCAUGGUGGAAUGAGUUAUCUGAAUGUGGUAAAAAGGGACUUGCAGUGAAACCUAAAAUGGGGGAUGCAUUACUAUUUUGGAGCAUGAGGCCCGAUGCUAGUCUAGACCCAUCAAGUUUGCAUGGUGGAUGCCCUGUGAUAAGGGGUAACAAAUGGUCGUCUACAAAGUGGAUGCAUCUUGAAGAGUACAAGGUCUAAGGCAUUAUUUUCCCACAUACCAAAGGGACAUGAAGAGAGAGAUUCGCAUUAUGCAGAUAGCAGAUUUAUAAUCACUGACAAAUCAAAGCACUUACGAUACCCUUUAGUUCUUACUACAACCAACAUAGGAGCUGCUCUGCCAUUCUCUUGAUUUGCUAGCCUCACGGAAGGGGUCUUUUCUUCCCUACUGAUCAAUUACAAGUUCGUGUAGCUGUUAAAAUUUAGUUACUUUUCUUUUUUUACGUUGCUUGUAAAAUUAAAAGAUAAAAUGAGAGCAUAUUUUGCUCGUAGACUAUGGAUUAUGCUCCGGCUUGAAAUAGGGGUUUAGAAG